UGAACUCCGCCAUUCAGCCUCCGCCAACGGUCAUUGUUCUCCACCCUUCUUUAUUGGAACAUUUUUUUCUCUCCAUAAUAAUUACUAAUUUUAUAUAAUCUUGUCUUUGAAUCACGUCCCUCAAUGAGUGAAUGGACAAUUAAUUAUGUAUAAAGCAAGCGAGGUAGCCUUCAAAUCUCCGAAGACCGCCAUACUCAGCUAACUACACACUUCCCACAGAGAGAUACGAGGAGGACAGAGUAAGAGACGUUCACGUCACAUGGCGGCCACCGGUGCUUCUAUCUUCGCCGCUGGAUUAUCCUCCCGAUUCCACCGGGACAUCACUACUCGCCGAUUUUCCGUCUCGACGGAGCAGCAUACCAUCACUAUUUCUUCUGUUCCAACAACGUCUACGGUCACGACAGGGACGAAUAUUUCCAAUCACAGGGGUUUCGACAAGAGCCGAGAAGUAGGACAACCUGCGAAGAUACACAAGUGGAGCUUGAGUUUACUCGAGGAGAGCGAGGAUUUGGAAAUGAAGACGAGGAAGAGCUUCAGAGAUUACUUUCAGGAGGCCAGCGAUUUGGUCAGAUCGGACGGUGGUGAUGGACAGCCGAGAUGGUUCUCUCCGUUGGAUUGUGGGCCUCCCGGCGUCAACUCUCCGCUGCUGCUUUAUUUGCCUGGUCUUGUUGGUGUUGGGUUAGGACUUAUAAGGCAUCAUCAUAGGCUUGGAAAGAUUUUUGAUGUAUGGUGCCUGCAUAUUCCACUCAAGGAUCGAACAUCUUUCCAUGACCUAGUGAAGCAGGUUGAAACAAGGGUAAGGUCAGAGAGCAGCCGUUCACCAGAUAGACCUAUAUAUCUUGUUGGAGAGUCUUUUGGAGCAUGCCUUGCACUGGCUGUUGCAGCUCGUAAUCCUGAUAUUGAUCUUGUUCUGAUUUUAGUAAACCCAGCUACAUCUUUCAACAAGUCAUAUCUGCAAACUCUAAUACCCUUGCUGGAACUCAUACCCAACCAAUUCCCUCUUGACCUCCCUAAUGUGCUGAACUCAAUAACAGGUGAUCCUUUGUGGACGGUGAUGGACAGUGUAGUAAAAGGACUUCCUCUGCAACAAUUAGUUGGAGAAAAACUAUCACAGGACAUGUUUGCAAUAUCAUCUUAUCUCUCUGUUGUGGCUGAUGUCUUACCUAAAGAAACACUUCUCUGGAAGUUAAAGAUGCUUAAAUCAAGUUCUGCAUUUGUCACUUCACAGCUCCAUGCUGUGGAAGCCCAAACACUAAUACUUUCCAGCGGAAGGGAUGAGUUGUUACCAAGUGAAGAGGAAGGUGUAAGACUUCGUCGUGCGCUCCCAAAAUGUGAGAUUCGUAGGUUUAAUGAGAAGGGGCAUUUCCUACUCUGGGAAGAUGAUGUAGAUUUGGUAACUGUCAUAAAGGGUGCCAACUUUUAUCGCCGUGGAAAAGUUAUGGACUGUGCUUCUGAUUACUUACCGCCAACACCUUUGGAAUUCAAAAAUAUUUACGAAUCAAACAGAUUUAUUACGGGUGUCACUAGCCCUGUGAUGUUUUCGACCUUACAAAAUGGAGAAAUUGUGAGAGGCCUUGCUGGAAUUCCUUCAGAGGGGCCAGUCAUAUUGGUUGGCUAUCACAUGCUAUUGGGAUUUGAAUUGUUUCCAUUGGUAUCCGAGUUUUUGCUGGAAAGGAAUAUUAUACUGCGAGGGAUAGCGCAUCCAAUGUUGUUUAAGAAACUAAAGGAGGGCCCGUUUCCUGAAUCGCAACAAUUCGACACAAUGAGAAUAAUGGGUGCAGUUCCUGUCUCAGGAAUGAACAUGCAUAAACUUCUGUCUUCAAAAUCACACGUACUCUUGUAUCCAGGAGGCGUGCGUGAGGCUCUUCAUCGGAAGGGUGAAGAAUACAAAUUAUUUUGGCCAGAGCAGUCAGAGUUUGUCAGGAUGGCAGCUAAAUUCGGAGCCAAAAUUAUACCUUUUGGAGUUGUUGGAGAAGAUGAUAUUGGUGAGCUAAUUCUCGAUUACGAUGACCAAAAGAAGAUUCCUUUUCUAAGGGAUCUAAAUAAUCAAAUAUUAGAGGAGGUUGUGAGAUUAAGGGUUGAUGUGAAUGGUGAAGUCGCAAACCAAGAAAUAUGCCUUCCCGGAGUGGUGCCAAAACUUCCUGGCCGGUUCUAUUUUUAUUUUGGGAAACCGAUUGAAACAGAAGGUAGGAAGGAAUUAUUAAGAGACAGAGAGAAAGCUCAGGAGGUAUACUUGCAAGUGAAGUCAGAGGUAGAAUGUUGUCUUGCAUAUCUAAGGGAGAAAAGAGAGAGUGAUCCUUAUAGAAGUUUACCAAGCAGGAUGAUUUAUCAAGCAACCCAUGGCCUUGAUUCUGAAAUCCCAACAUUUGAAAUAUAAUCUAAUCUUCUUCUUCAAGGCUUGAAAUGAAAAGUUGUUAGAGAUAAUAUGUUUGCUGCUUGUUCAAGUCUUGGUCUCCUACACAGAAAGAAAGCAAAUGGUUCAAGUAAUGCUCAUGCCAUACAUGCUUUCUCUGAAAGGAAGGAUUGGUAUGGUAGAGGAGGAGGACUAGUAUAAAGAUGAGAUCUUCAUUCAUCUAAUAUUUUAUUGGAUUGUAUCUCUCAA